UUCCCCUAAUAUUUAGUUGCUUCCUUCUCUCCUCUACUCCCCUCCACUCUUCCUUUUCACCAAUCUCUGUCUCUUCCCCUUCCACUUUCACGUUACCUUUCUCUUCCCUUUUCCGCUUUCUCUUCGUACUCUCUUCGAUACUCUCUUCGUACACUUCCGUGAUCCGAUUUAGUCUGGUUUGUUCGGUACCUUUGAAACUCGUUCACAACAUGUCAUUUGUUUUCUAUUUUUCAUUUCCUCGUUGAUAUUUUGAAUAAUUGAAUUAAUUAAUCCAAUUCUCGCGAUAAUAAUACGAGAGCAUCGAAAUCAGAUUACAUAAAUUUUUGCUUAUUUCUUGAAAUUUUUACAUAUUAAUGAAUUUAAUCGUUUCACAUCCACUACAUUUUUAUUGUGUUGAAGAGAAAUACGUCAAAUCAAGAAAAAAACUUUAUUAUCAACGUUACUAUCAUCUUUAUUAAUAUCAAUUUCAACAAUAUCAAAUAAAAGAUGACGUUAACGUGUUGGGAAAAAAUAUCGUUCGUUGUAUUAGGAUUGCUUGGAUUGCGAAUUCUAUGGCGAAUAAGCGUUCUUGUGUGGAAGAAAUUAAUAGGACCGAAUUUUGGAUUCGGUGUUGACCCAAGAACACAGGGUAAAUGGGCAGUGAUCACAGGUGCUACAAGCGGUAUCGGGAAAGCGUACGCGGAACAGUUAGCGAAAAAAGGUUUGGAUAUUGUGCUGGUUUCGCGAUCUCUAUCAAAACUCGAGGAAGUCGCGAAGGAGAUCAAAGAACGAUAUGGAGUUCAAGUUCGAAUCGUGGAUGCAGAUUUGACCGAGGGACAAGCGGUUUAUGCCAAAAUUGCCAAAGCCACUGAAGAGCUCGAGAUUGCAAUAGUGGUAAAUAAUGCAGGAGCCAGUUAUGAUCAUCCUGAAUUAUUCACGAAUGUCUCAGAGGAAAGCAUAGCUCAGAUUUUGCAGUUGAAUGUGGCGUCAAUGACAGGAGUCGCAAGGGCCCUUCUUCCUCAAAUGUUCGAACGUAAAAAGGGCAUUUUGAUAAAUAUCAGCUCGGCUACGGCUGUUAUGCCAUCUCCUUACUUAACUGUGUAUGCAGCCAGCAAGUGUUACGUUAUCAAGCUAAGUGAAGAUUUAGCCGCUGAAGCCGCACCAUUCGGUGUUACUGUACAAUGCCUCAUUCCUGGUCCAGUGGCAACUAAGAUGUCAAAGAUCACGAAACCUACUUGGAUGGCGCCAACUCCAGAGAAAUAUGUAAAACAUACACUAAAAACAAUUGGUCUUGAAUUGUGUACAUCAGGCUAUUUGCCGCAUGGUUUAUUAGUCGCCUCUGUAAAUGCUUUACGUUACAUAUGCGAAAAAGGUACGCUUUGGUUAGUUUGUAAGACCAUGUGUAAUAUAAGAAAGCGUGCAUUAAAAAAGAAAGAAAAAAUGGAAAAAAUAACUAAUGAAGAAACAUCAGUUAUUACUAAAUGAAUCCUAAAUUUAAUUUCUUCUCUUUAUUUUGUUUCUUUUUUUAUCCAUUAUUCUUUCCUUUUCUGUUCUUUAUUUAUCUUAUUUUUUUUUUUUUUUUUGCCUUUUUUGCUCUUUGUAAUGUUAUUCAUUACUAUAGUUAAAAAUAUGAUAGGCAUAAUGUAUUUUAUAUGUAUAUUUUAGAUAUGUAUUUUAUAUAUAUCUAUAUUCAUGUUUCAUAAAUUAAAUUAAAAUGCGAUAACGUUAAUUAAAACGCUUAAUUAAAACGUACAAUGUAAAUAAU